AUGGGAAAAGAAAGACGGUGUAGAGAAAUUCCCUCGUACGAAAAAGGAGACAUAAUGCUCAGAGAGGACCGGCUGGUAGGCAGCAAACUGCUGCAGGAGAUAGAUAUAAAGAAGGCAGCGAUAGUGGUAGACAAGCCAUCGCACGGAUAUUUGGAAGAAAUAAAAGAAGAGGUAAAAGAGCAAUAUCCCGAUAUAGAAAUAUCUCUUGUUGAUGAAUCAGCAGAAAAUAGCAGCAGCUCAAACAUGCCCGCAGAGGGCUCUCUGAUCCUGUGCACGUACAGCCAGUACUUAAAAGACAGAAGCAUCGAAAACAGCAGAUCGCACAUUGUCUUUGUGAACAUCCGAAAGUCCGCAGACAAAGAGACUAUCAUAUCAGAGGGAAAGAAAAAAGAGUACAGCUUCUACUUUGUUAGCAACAUAUACAAAAUAGAAAGCACGGAAGAGCUAAAAAAAAUUGGCGUAAAAAGAGUGCUGCCUCUGAAAGAGGGAUUUGGUCUUGCACGAAGCUCUCUGGCAUUCGCACGAACACACGAAAUAAUAUUUGCAGGAGCGCCGCAUCUCAGAAGAAAUGCUUUUGUUAUUGCCCUGGAGCGGAACAUCACAGUCCCGUGCAUCGUGCUCACCGAAAAGGAAAGCGAGAUAGAAGAUGUCCAGGAGGCAAUCGACAGCGUUGGCAGCUUGGUAAAUAAAAGCACCGCAGACAUCAGCGAAUAUCUAAGCAGAAAAAAGUGGAUUUUUAUAACAACGCACGCUGAGCUGCUGAAAAUAAUCAGAAGAAGCACCUUCAAAACAGUGAGAAGCAUCACAAAGUGCGUGGUAGCGUACGAGGGAACAGAUAGAACCAUGCACUUGAUCGCAAUGCACCAGACAGCACAGCACGUGUUCUCAAUGAUAACAACAAAAGAUAGAGGAAAAUCAAAAAAGAUAGUGGAAAUUCUCCCAAAGUACGGAAUAAUUCUCGAGGAGCAUGCAGAGAUUCUAAGAAACUCGUACGAAAGAGAAAAGAACAAAAAGAGUGCAGACACCCCUUCUGAAAAUCCUUCUUUAUAA